AUGAAUGAAGUAUGGGAAACUAAGCGAUGUAAAAGAGUUGUACGACCGCUUCUUUCCAAAAUCCAUUCAUUGACUCAGUUGGUGAUCAAGAGUCCUUCAACGUUAGAUAUCACCAUACAACCCAAAUUUACUACCUCGUCCAAUAUUCAUUGUAAACCAUCCAAUUCCCACCACAGACUCAAAUGCUUAAAGCCUCACAUAACUUUGGAACUAUAUGGCUAUUAUGAAGAAUUGUUCUAUAUUUUCCAACAAAUAAUGACAUCAUUGAAUGUAAAAGGUGAUUUCACAACCUUAGCAAGUCAUUGUAGUUAUAACAUAGGAAAAGCCAUGGUUUUAAGUUCCAGAAAUAGCUAUUUCAGGUUGAAUAACAGCUCAUUGUUUGAUCCCAAUACGUUGCCGGGUACUAUCAAACAGUACCACGAUACCCUUUCACCGGAUAUUGAUGGGUGGCUCGAUAUGGAGUCGCUUUCCACCAUAACUUGUAAAAUGGACCUUUUAUUAGGCUAUGUUAUCCAUUUACUCGUAUUUAAUCAAAAGAUUUUAUACCUAAUCAUCCCUACAUUGGUACAUUGGCUUUACGAGCAACUGUUACCGAGGAAUUUGAAGCUUAAGUACAUGGCCACUUACUUGUUCCAUGAAUAUUGGAAGUUUAAUGAUAAAUAUUAUGAUAAUAUAGAUCCGUUGAUAAUAACUCAACUAACGGGUCUAGAUAACCAAGUUACUUGUUUCUGGGACCUCGAAAAGAUCAAAUAUUGGGAUCAUUUGGUUUCUUCCUUGGACAUCAAAUCAACUUUUCCUGAUCAACAUUAUAAUAAUUUGUUAUUGAAUGUGAUAUCAUCCAAACUUGAUUAUGAUUUGGAUUAUAUUUAUACCAAACUUCAAGACCAUCCUCAAACUAACAAUAUAUUGGCAUCUGUCUUGACCAAACUCAUCAAUCGCCGGAAUAAAAAUUCCAUUGAAGAUUUGACUAAACUUGUGGGUGUAUGGUUAGGGUUCAGAGAUUCUAUGAUUUUUAAUUCCUUAUUGCCUGGGAAUGAAGACUUAUUCUACGGUAUCAUGAGGUUCCACAAAUACCUAACUAAUACGGAAUCUCAAGCAUUGAUUUUGCUCAAAUCAUUUUACUUGGAUCAACCCCAAACAUUAUCUGAUGACCCCAAAAUAAUUGAUCAACUCAUGACCUUUCAAUCUAUUGGUUUUUUAGAAAGACUACCUUUGAGUCAUCACAGAGAUGUGAAUGAUUUCAUCUUCUGGCUUGUGGAAAACAAUAUGAGAAACUGUGGGAAGAGGAUGUUCCUUUUAAUUUAUGGAGAUUACGAAUAUUAUGAUGAAGUUGAUUAUUUAUACGAUACUGUUUUUAAUUAUUGA